UCAAUGCAACAAGUAGGCUAUCAUUGUUCGAUUAUUGCUAGGUGAAAUCCCAGAGAGGACCAUUUUUAUGCAGAAAGGCAUGGAAAAGGCUUUGAGGCCAUACUUUGAGCUUACAAAUGCUGUUUGCAUUGGAGAAUUGGAGCUUUUUAGAUCUGUUGCUGAGAAAUUCUCGAGCACAUUCAUAUCUCGUAUCUCCCUUGCUGAUGUUGCCAAGAAGCUAAGGUUGGACUCUGCUAAUCCUGUUGCUGAUGAGGAGAGUAUAGCAGCCAAGGCAAUCAGAGUAGGCGCACUUCGAUUUCCUCCAAACUCUCACAAGGAGAAAGAAAGUACUGAGAAAAGGAGGAAGAGACAACAACAAGAACAAGAACUAGCGAAGCACAUCGCAGAGGAGGAUGACGAUGAGUUCUGAUUUAAUCACUUUCAAAAGGCAUCGCUUAGGCCUGCAUAAUGCCUUCAUUAAGAUGUGCAUUUCUCUUUCCUUGAAAUUCUGGGCAAAAAUGUUAUAAUUUUGAACUUGGCUUGUCAUAGAUAUUUAUGUUGUUUUAAUUCAACUGGGUAGUACCUUAU